ACUAAACGACCUAGAUGAACUUCCAGAACGAGGUCUAUUUCUAAACGAUCUUAACUUGCACGGAUUAAGUCGAGAAAUGGUGCUAGCUGGAUGGCAGCAUAAUUCGAAAUUGGAGUUGACGUUUGACAAAGCCGAGCAACGAUCAAUUAAGCUAGAACAAAGUUACAAACUUUUGGACACAUGGAAACGCCGCAGUGACGACUUAUUGUACUCAAUGAUACCAAAGACCGUUGCUGAUAGGUUAAGGGGAGGUAACUCAUCUCUCACCACAUGCGAAUCGUUUGAUUCCGUAACAAUUAUGUUCUGCGAUUUGGUUGGUAUUAAUUCAACGACAGUAGAAGAUGCUAUGGACCUUGUAUCCUCAAUGAAUGAGGUUUUUUCGUGUAUCGACGAACUUAUGGAUAAAUAUCACGUUUACAAGGUCGAAACAGUGGGACAGAUUUAUAUGGCAGCAAGUGGAGCCCCCGAGAGAACAAAAACUCAUGCUGAAGAUAUGGCAGAUUUGUCUUUGGAUAUGAUACACAACAUUAAAUCCUUGCGAAUGCCUUCUGGUGGACAUGUUGAAGUAAGAAUUGGUAUCCAUUCAGGGUCGACUGUGGCUGGAGUAGUUGGUAUAAAAGUUCCAAGAUAUUGCUUUUUUGGAGAUACAGUAAAUACGGCAUCAAGAAUGCAGUCUACGAGUUUGGCGGGUCACGUUCACAUAUCAUCAGUUACUAGAGAUUUAUUACCUCAAGAUCGAUAUGUUGUUACCAGCAGAGGAUUUGUGCAAGUGAAGGGCAAGGGUGACAUGGAGACGUUCUGGCUCUUUCCAUCUACUCACUAAGACUGUAAUCAACGCAGGGUUACUGUGUACUGUCUGUUUUCAAACAACAAUGAGUGACGUAAAGUGUAACAGCAAGAUAUAAGUAUAAGUGUCUUUGCAAUGGAAGACUAACCACAGCUAAGGUGAAUGAGAGGCUCAAAACUAUUCCAGUCAAUCAGCAGGAGAAAUAACAAUAACAAUAAUAAAUUCAUUAAUGUAUAAAAAAUUGCCCAACAAAUGUAUAAUUUACUGACCCAUAUUUUUAUGUGUAGUAUGUUGAUAAAUGAUGAGUGUAUAUUUUUAUAUUAACGAUUAAUUGUUGUAAGUCACAAGAAAAGCGUAUCAUAUGGAUAUUGAAGUAAUGGACUUCAUAACUGAGGUUUGUUGUUAAUUUAGGUGUAUAAGUACUGUGACCACUAUCCACUAUAUAUGAAAACCUAAUAUCAAACCCUUUAUGAACGUUAUCACUGUUUCCAGAUAUUUCAAUACCUCUAAUGAGAAAUGCAAGGACUAUAAUAGACUUGCGGAGUACUAAAAGAAAUGUAGGUACUAUGGACUCACAAAUAAAGCAUCUACUUCGUUUUCACAAUUUUUUAUAUCAUUCUAGCCUCUUGUGCUAAGUAAUUGUUCUUUUUUAGUAGUUUCUGACCUUAGCAAAGAAUUUGUAUGCAGGUAGGUAAUUACCCUUGUUUUCAUUUUUGUAUAUUGCGGCAAAUGGAAUAGAGGUUUAGCUUGCAAGAGAACUGUGAUUCUUCAGUUGUAAUAGGAGAAGUAUCAACAUUUAUGGCUUAGACGGCUGUUCACCUAUUUUGUGAUAAGCAUAAGGAAUUUGUCAUUGUCCCGCUACAUGUGACCUUCUUAUUCAUGGUACUCCCUAUUUAUAUCUCUUUUAGAAGGAAAACCUAGUGUUUGAAGAGAAAUUGUUCAUUUAACCGGCGACAGAUAUGUGUAGAGCAUUUCCCUUGUGGCAGUGACAUGAUCUUGCUUUUUUUGGAAAAUUGAUGAGUUUCGGAUGACGCUGCAACAGACAAGCACAAUUACUCAGUUUCUAGGGCUCAUUUCGCACCUUAUUUUAUUUUUCUCAUCGAACGUUUUUCAAGCGCACGUUAAGCUGAAACCCAAUGAGUUAUUCACCGAACUAAACUUGUCUCUGGUCAAAAGGAACUAACUCAACAUCAAAACAACCAACAAAUUCUAUUUACUUAGGACCUUUUUUACAUCGGUGGUCUCGAGCCGCGUUUUCCGCGGCGAUAUACACGCUUCGCGCGAAUAUCUUCGAAAAAGUUCCUAUAAUUUCGGAACAAUUUGUUUUUAUAUCGCGAGUAAACCAACGCCCGUAAUUAACACUCCUAACGAUUUACCGGAAAUAAACAAACUCAUAAUUUUUCGCCUCGC